ACAAACCGUAAGACAACCUGAUAAUUGAUUCUAAGAUGUUAAUCAGAGAUUUAUGCGAGAGCCAAAUAAAAAUGAAGAGAGGUUUAUACGAGCGGGUUAUCGCUGCUUUCUCGGCCGAGGCAGAAGAGCCACGAGAUGGGAGCAAGUGAAUCUCAAACGAAACUGAAAAUGCUUGAACAAGAUCGACCCAUGAACCCUGUCUUUGGAGGUCAUGGGCUGUCAUCUCAACGUAUCUGUUCAAACGCCCCAAAAAGAGGUGAAAAAGAUGGCAAUUUUAACUUUGUGGGUCAAGAUAGUGACACCGUGAUCGGAGAUGAAAAUCGCAACCAGGUGCGUCCACGAGGCUCUGGGUCUUUAGGUCGUGAUUCGACUCUGACUGCCAACCACUUUGGGCCUGGGACCCUUUCUCCCCUAUCUCGCUUGCCUUGCUGGAGCCCUUUGGAGCCUCUUCUUGAGAUUGAAAGUGGAGAUGAUAUGGGUGGCAGAGUGCCACCGGAUGGUGCAGAAGAGGGCAGAUUGGAUGAAGAGAUGAGGGUGACAGAUAAUGACAAGGAGCAGAAAUUGGUGGAGAUUGACAAAGCAGAGGAACUACUGGAUGAUGAGGAGGAAGAAGAGAUAGACUGGGCUGACAGCGAGGAAGAGUUUGAAUUUAGCUACAGGUCAGAAAGCUCUUCCCCACUUAGUACAGGGAGCAAUGACAUAGCAGGUGGAGGGGCCCACGAUCCAAUCUGGGACCAAAGCUCCAACGCAACCACCUUAAAGGAAAAGGACCGAUUUCGGCGCAGAGAAAGUGCGGAGGGUGCCGAUCCACUUGAAGAUGCCCCGUCAGACUCGGACACUCAUCCAGAUUCCGAGCUGCCGGAUCUUAUGGAGGCCGUUUGGACGCUGCAGGAUCGAGAGAGGUUUAAAGCACAGGAGAUGGAGAAGCAUCAGGUGCAACUGACCAUGUAUCGUCGCCUGGCUCUUAUCCGCUGGGUUCGCACCUUACAAAACCGAGUCCAGGAGCAGCAGAACCGCCUACAGUCCAGCUUUGAUAUCAUUCUCACACAUAGGAAGGAGCUUUUGCGAAUGGGUUCAGCCACUGCGGCCCAGUAACUAAAACUGAGAAAAGUCAUGAGACCAACUGAUGACACAUUCAGGAACAAAUGACUAAUUGCGUUGUCAUGUGAAAAGUAAUCUUAGCAUCUCAUCUUUUGCCCUGAUGUUACACAAUGUUCAAAGUUAUAUUGCUGUCACGAAUGUGGUUAAAAGUCCUUCAGAACCUCAGUUGGUUACAGAUAACUUUCGC